UGGCGUGGGGGCCCAAUUCAAAAACAACUCAAAUAACUACAAAAUAAUCAUUUUCAGUAGUUUAAGUGACCUCUGAAAAUGUUAAAAAUCCUGGCAGUCACUUUGACGAUUCUGCAACUUGGCCAUGCAUUCGAGUGUUACACAUGCAACGAGGAGCUCACAAAAAAUGGACCAUGUAUUGAUCGGAAAACAAUUUGUGAGAACUCAACAUCCUGUUCCAUGGCAGUAAUGUACCACGCGGGACGCUCAAUUGUUCGAAAAUUCUGCACACCGCCAAGUACCCCGAUAUAUCAGUAUUUGAUGAUGAUGCCCGGAGCAAGUAUGUGCCAAAAUAUCGAUUUGACCGACUUGGUGCCGCCCGUCCGGCAAAGAAGACACGUAACCGGACCACCAGCGUCACCAGGAGAACAGGCAUCGUUGCUGUGUGUAUGCACAACUCCCAUGUGCAAUAAAGGAGUUUAUUCGAAAGUUUUGGAGAAUACAAUGUUGAAUAACUUACCGCGUAGGCUUCUCCCGCCUAUGCCAAGCAUGGAAAUUGAGCCAAAAAAGGAGCAGAAUAAUGUGGAGUUUGAUGAUAAUAUGGCUCAACAAAUGGCGGAUGCCGGGUUCUAAUAAUUGUGUAACUCGUGUAAUUUGUAUUUUAUUAAGUUGAUUAAUAUUAGCGGGUCUUCUAUUGAUUUUGUAUUUAUCGUUUUCAGAAUAAAAACUUAUUUUCUU